GUGUGGAAUGAGACAAAGAAGGACUUCGACUAUAUCCCUGGUGAGGCCCUUCGCUUCGCCAUACACGACAGCGACCAGCGAUCAUCUCAAGUCGAUGAGCUGCUGGGCAGCUAUGAGAUGCCAAGCUCGCAAUUCUGGCCCGGUGGCUUCGACGGAGAAGUGACGCUGACGCAGGAGGAGCAUUCCAGACGGGACAAGAAGUCCACGGUGACACUGAAGGUGAAGGUGACCACGCCGGAGUCGGCAGCGCCUCACCAGUUCGCCAGCGCUGUGAAGCCCGCAGAGCCAGGUAGCAACCCAGGAGCUGCCGCGGCCCUCGAGCGCUUCGAG